AUGUCGGGAGAUGUCUGUCCGGUGGGCGCCAUAUUGGAGCAACAACUAUUGUUAUAAAUUGAGACGGGGCUGCUGCUGGCUAAGUUUACAUGUUUUCUGCGUGUUUGUUCUGAAAAUAUUUGGAUAUUUCUACGCAAGGUCAUGAAAGAGAUGUCAACGACUGGUGACAGUACGCUUGGCGGGCAGCAGCCUCGGAAACAUUAUGGCAUCACGUCUUCAAUCAGCCUGGCCUUUCCCAGAGAGAUAGACCAUAUCUACACUCAGAAGCUUACUGAGGCUAUGAAACCAUUUGGCGUGUUUGAGGGUGAAGAUGAACUCAAUCACAGGCUUGCAGUUCUUGGGAAGCUGAAUUCAUUUGUGAAGGAGUGGAUUGCAGAAAUCAGUGAAUCAAAGAAUCUUCCACUGUCAGCAGUAGCAAAUGUUGGUGGCAAAAUCUUUACGUUUGGGUCAUAUAGGUUGGGAGUGCACACAAAAGGUGCUGAUAUAGAUGCUUUGUGUGUUGCCCCACGUCACAUUGAAAGAACUGACUUUUUUUCAUCCUUCUUUGAAAAACUAAAACAGCAUGAUGAGAUUAAAGAUCUACGAGCUGUGGAGGAUGCAUUUGUACCAGUCAUCAAGUUCAAGUUUGAUGGAAUUGAGAUCGAUCUGCUGUUUGCCAGGCUCGCUCUACAGUCAAUUCCUGAUAACCUGGACCUGAGAGGAGACUCUCUCCUCAGAAACUUGGACAUCAGAUGCAUUCGCAGUCUAAAUGGUUGCCGUGUUACAGAUGAGAUCCUAUAUUUGGUGCCUAAUAAAGAGAACUUCAGAUUAACAUUGAGAGCGAUUAAAUUGUGGGCCAAACGCCGUGGAAUCUAUUCCAACAUGCUAGGCUUUCUUGGUGGAGUUUCCUGGGCUAUGCUCGUGGCCAGAACAUGUCAGCUCUAUCCAAAUGCUGUUGCCGCCACACUUGUGCACAAGUUCUUUCUGGUCUUCUCUAAAUGGGAAUGGCCAAACCCUGUGCUUUUAAAGCAACCUGAAGACAGCAAUUUGAAUCUGCCAGUCUGGGAUCCACGGGUGAAUCCAUCAGACAGGUAUCAUCUGAUGCCAAUCAUCACUCCUGCAUAUCCACAACAGAACUCUACCUACAACGUGUCCACUUCCACACGCACCAUCAUGAGUGAAGAGUUCAAGAAUGGUCUCACUGUUACAGAUGAAAUUCUUCAGGGUAAAGCCGAUUGGUCCAAGUUGUUUGAACCUCCCAACUUUUUCCAGAAGUACAAGCACUACAUUGUCCUCACUGCCAGUGCAUCCACUGAAGAAAACCACCUUGAGUGGAUUGGACUGGUGGAAUCAAAGAUAAGAGUGUUGGUUGGAAAUUUGGAGCGCAAUGAGUACAUCACCCUUGCCCAUGUCAACCCACAGUCUUUUCCCGGAUCAAAAGAGAAUCACAAUGAGAAUGAAUUUGUUUCCAUGUGGUUUAUUGGAAUCAGCUUCAAAAAACUGGACAAUUCUGACUGUGUGAAUAUUGACUUGACCUACGACAUCCAGUCCUUCACAGAUACUGUUUACAGGCAGGCAAGCAAUAUCAAUAUGCUAAAGGAUGGCAUGACUAUUGAGGCCACACAUGUGAAAAAGAAACAGUUGCAUCAUUACCUGCCUCCUGAACUUGUGCAGAGGAAGAAGAAGAGUUUGGGAGAAAUAAACCGGAGCUCAAAUGGUGGCGGGUCAAAGCGCUGCUCUCUGGAUGGCAGUCAGCUUGAUAGCUCCAGGGACACAGAUAUCGGCACCCCGUUCAGCUCUCCUACACUAGUCAGCAAACCAUGCCAGCCAGUCUCCUCACCUGAAGACAGUAGUAUCACCCCACCAAAGCAUCCAGUCCUUGUAUUCAUAGACAGCCCAGCAACAUCAGAAGUUUCUCCUCCAAAACCAGAACAGGGAAUGUCCAUUCCAGUCAUCGGAUCCAUGCCCAUCGCCACUCCAGUUGCCAAGCCCCCAGCACCUCCCGCUGGCAACACCAUUCCUACAGUGGUGGGCCGUAGUGUGAUACCACGUAUUACCUCUUCCUCCCCUAGCCCCACUGAGCUGCCCAGCAGUGUCAAUGGAGCACCAAAGAGACCUCACUCUCCAUCUCAGGAGGAUCCACCUAAGAGGCACAAAGAUACAGAGGUGUUUUCUGAUGACUCUGCGUUUAAAGAGCCAUACCCUCCAAAUAGUAAUGGCUUGGACUGUGAAGAGAGGCCAGCAGGGGAGGGUCUUUCAGCAACCAAACCUAUGCCAAUACCAACAAUUGAUACAUCAAGAUCACAGAGACUACCUAGUAAAGAGCUUCCGGAUGCAUCUUCCCCAAUUCCCACAAGCAAUCUCCGCGUUAUUAAAAAUUCAAUCAGGCUCACCCUUAACCGAUAACAGUGAGCUAUCUACAGGUUGUCCCUUAAAGAGUGGAACCACACUUGUGUAACAGCAGUGCUGCUUUUAAACUGCUACUGAUAUUUGGCUGGUCUUCCUGCUUGUUACAGAGUUACUGUAAAGUAUUGUUUUUUUUUUUUUUAUGCCUUACUGUGUCAGAAUGCUUGCUUAAACAUCUAUUUGAGCUUUUGAAACAUUGUACUGUAGAUGUAGUUUGUAUAUAACUUUAAAAAUCAUUGUUAGUCUUUCUAUGCCACCUUAAUGUAGUUUUUAUUAACAAAAAAAAAGUAAAAAAAUAAUUGUCCUGUUUGUCACUGUAAAUGAGAUUCUUCAUUGUUUGUCCGAAGGUUUUCCUUGCAGUCUUUUUGUAUUCACUGUAUUGGUUCUGGUACAGUUUCUGGGAGGACCUUUUGUGUGGGGUGCGUAUGUGUGUGUAUAGAUGGACCAGCAUUAGUAACUAAAAACCAUGACUCCGUUACCUAUCACAGUAAACGCUGCUGCCACUCCAUAGUUGUGUUAACAGCUCAGAACAAAAGAACAGUAUUAGAUCAGAGGUUUGGAUUUGUUGGGCCAAAAUUUAAAGGCAAGUUUGGUUUUACAAUGUUUUCGAUUGUUUGCUAAAUGAUAACAGAGUCGGUGUUGGUUUUUGCAUGUGCAUGAUUGUAUUUCCCUGCGUCUAGGGCAUCACCCCUGCGCCUCCCAUGGAGGUCUGAAUGGCAGUGUCUCCUGAACUUCAAGAACAGAGACUAAAUAAUAUUUCUGCCCUCUUUCCAUGAUUUCCCCCCUUAUUUUUUUUCUCUCUCUCUCCCCCUCUUUCCACAAGCUUCUGUCCUACCCUGUUGGGGUGUACAGAGAACAGAAACUUACUGUUCAUUUUGGGGUUUCUUAACAUUUUAUUUAUUUGUACCAUUAUCAUUUUUUAUAUCACAGGUAUUGUUGAACUUCUUAUUCCUCUAGACAUUAGUUUAAUCUCGGUUUGAAUCUUCCUGUUACCUUUAGGACAAUUUAAAAAAAAAUCUACUUGUCAUUCUUUUUGUAGGGCAAAAGUUGUAUUCGAAAGGGUAUUUUUGUAUGUAAUGUAAAUGCCUUCUUUACAUUAAGAACAUAAAAUUCACAA